AUGACAAGAACCGUCGGGAUUAUCAUGGUCCUAAGCGCCGUGGUGGCCGCCUCCUUGGCUGCAUCUCUGGACAUGCCUGAGAUUCACAGCCAAAGGCAGUUGGUUGGAGGGACAGUCUCGAAGGCCCGCGAAGGAAAUAUCAUCGAUCCCAAUGCCUUGGGAAAGCGCGGUAGCGGACCCGAGGAGGAGAAGAACGCUCAGUUUUGGUAUGAUCUGGCUUACGAGGAGCUCGCCAGAAAACUGGAGCAGCCGCAACCCGAUAAGAGGAAGGCCAAGAACCUGAUCAUGUUCCUCGGCGAUGGCAUGUCCUUGUCCACAGUGGCGGCCGCACGAAUUCACAAGGGUCAGCUGAAGGGCAAUCCCGGCGAGGAGGACUCCCUUAGCUUCGAGAAGUUCCCCUACACCGGUCUGAGCAAGACGUACUGCUCCAACGCCCAGGUGCCCGACUCAGCUUGCACGGCUACCGCCUAUCUGUGCGGUGUGAAGACCAACAUCGUGGCCCUUGGAGUAAGCGCUGCCGUCAACUUUAACAACUGCAGUGGCAGUGAGGAUCCUGCCAACCGUCUGACCUCCAUUGCCGAGUGGGCCCAGAAUGCCGGCAAAUCCACGGGCAUUGUGACCACCACAACCUUGACCCAUGCCAGUCCAUCGGGAGCCUAUGCCAAGACCACCAACCGAUUCUUCGAGUGCGACACAGACAUUGUGACCUAUGGCGAGGGACAGAAUGACCCGGCCACCUGCACGGACAUUGCCACUCAGCUAAUCACGCAGACUCCCGGCAAGAACUUCGACGUGAUGCUGGGCGGCGGCAUUGGCAAAUUCCUUCCCAACACCGUCACGGAUCCGUUCAACAAGAAGGGCGAGCGGUCCGAUGGAGUGAACCUUUUGGCCCGCUGGCAGGGCAUGCAUCCUGGCGGCGUCCAUGCCUACAACCGCGCCCAGCUGCUGAGCGUGAACGCUUCGAGGAUCACCAACCUGAUCGGUACCUUCCGCUCGGGCGUAAUGAACUUCCAUAAAAUGGCCGAUGCCAAGGAGGAGCCCACUCUGGCGGAGAUGACCCGCAAGGCCAUUGAGGUGGUCAGGAAGAACCCCGAGGGCUAUGUCCUGUUCGUUGAGGGCGGCCUCAUUGAUUACGGCAACCACUACAACUCCCCGACCUUGUCGCUGGACGAGACACUGCAGUUCGAGCAGGCCGUGGAGGAGGCCAUUGGAAUGACCGAUCCCGAUGAUACUCUGGUAGUGGUAACUUCUGACCAUGCCCAUCCCCUGACUAUCGCUGGAUAUCCCAGCAGGGGCACCCCCAUCCUGGGACUCAACCAGGACGAUGCCGAUGUGAAUGGCGUGAAGUAUGCCACUCUGAACUACGCCGUGGGUCUGGAGCAGUACCUGGACGAGAAUGGCCAACGCUACGAUAUCUCUGAUAAAGUUGGAAAGGAGGACUUUAUUCAUCCCAGCUACAUUCAUGGCAAUAUCGGUGUGCAUGCUGGCGAAGAUGUCGGUAUUUUUGCCACUGGCCCUCAGAGCCAUCUAUUCGGCGGAGUCCUCCAGCAGAGCUUCAUUCCCCACUUUAUGGCCUAUGCCGGCUGCAUUGGCAAUGGCCCCACUCUGUGCAACACUCAAGCAUAG